AGACACAUUGCAUCAUCGGACGGUCCAAAAGAAACCUCCCACUUCGGGCUCGACGACCAUGGCAGCGACGACCCCCGCGGCGGCGCCGAGGCACAGCUGCGCGAAGCUGUCGGUGGCGGUGGAGGACCCCAAGGCGGCGGCGGCGGCGGGCGGCGGCGCGGUGUUCGUCAGGGCCACGUGGCUCCCCACCCGCUUCUCCCUCGCCGUCACGGACGGCGCCGGCGCCUGGGUCGCCGACGCCUCCGACGCCGAGGUCCGCCUCCGCGCCGAGCAGUGGGACCAGCCCGUGGCCGAGUACCUCGCCCUCGCCGAUCGCUACCUCGCCUUUCACCAGCCCGACUCCACCUACUCCUUCCACGACGCCGGCAAGGGAAAUCGCAGGCUAUCAUGGACUUUUGAAAAACAAGGUACCAAACUGGAAUGGCGUUGGAAGCUGCAGCCAUCACCUAAUGCGCAGCAAACUAUAUCUGAGAUUCUGGAUUUUCUUAUGGAUGCAAAUAUCCGCUUGAGUGAAGAGGUUGUUAGGAAAACGCAAUCCUUCGACAAGUUGAAACAAGAAGCUGAGAAGUGCUUGCAACAAAGUGAAAGAUUUAAUAAUGAGAAGGCUGAAUUUGAACAGGCCACCUUUUCAAAGUUUGUGGCUGUCUUGAAUUCGAAGAAAACCAAGCUCAGACAGCUCAGGGACAAAGUUGCUGAACUCGAAUCAGCUGACAAGCCUCCAAAGGAGGAGGAAGAGGAGAACUCGACAGACCGAACAGAGCAGUUCGAGGGAGGAAGCGACAAAGAGGCAAGCGUCAACGAUGAACCCUCCGAGACUGGCAGCGGCGAUCAUCAUAGCUCUCCUGAGAAAUCUGCAGCCACCUCCCAAGGAAGGGGGAGAGGUCGCAAGAGAGCAAAAAAAUAGAAUGACUUAGCUAGCGCUAACUGCUAAAGUGCUGGACUAACAAUAGUGGGACCUACUUGGAAAAACGUUGAGCAUUGUGUAUCUUUCAUAUAUUCUCAUUUGCUUCAUUUCCUCGAGCAUGUGUCUGUCAUGUACCUUGUGAAGUCCAUCUGGAGGACUGGAGCUGACCUCUGGUCUAUCAUGCCAAAGUAGCUGGAAAUGUUCUUCACGUGUUUUUGGCAAGAGGAAAGUACCAAAAGUGAAGGUGCCUGCUGUAGUUAAUCAAUGGAGAAUAUUUGCAUUCCAUCA